CCCGGUGCUGAAGGGCAGGGAGCAAUUGAUGGUGCUACUUUGAACAGAUUUUUCUUUCCCCCCUUCUUUUUUUGCACAAAGAGUCUCAUGUCUAAUAUUUAGACAUGAUGAGCUUUGUGCAAAUACUGACUUUGGUAAUUCUUGCUGUAUUUCACCCCUCAAUUAUUUUGGCACAACAACAAGAAGCUAUUGAUGCAGGAUGUACCCAUCUUGGCCAAUCAUAUGCAGAUAGAGAUGUUUGGAAGCCAGAACCAUGCCAAAUAUGUGUGUGUGACUCAGGAUCUGUUCUCUGUGAUGACAUAAUAUGUGAUGAGCAGGAGUUGGACUGUCCCAGCCCAGAGAUUCCAUUUGGAGAAUGCUGUCCAGUUUGCCCACAGCCUCCAUCAUCUGCUCCCCGUCCUCCUAAUGGUCAUAUACCUGCAGGCCCAAAAGGAGAUCCUGGCCCACCUGGUAUUCCUGGGAGAAAUGGUGAUCCUGGGAUCCCUGGACAACCUGGUACUCCUGGUUCUCCUGGCCCACCUGGAAUCUGUGAAUCAUGUCCACCUAUUAACCAGAAUUUCUCUCCUCAGUAUGAAUCCUAUGAUGUCAAGGCUGGUGGUGGAGGAGGAGGAGGAGUAGCAGGCAUGCCAGGGAUACCUGGUCCCCCAGGACCUCCUGGUCCCCCUGGUGCAAUUGGUCAUCCUGGUGCCCCUGGUAGUCCUGGAUACCAAGGUCCCCCUGGUGAGCCUGGACAAGCUGGUCCCUCGGGACCCCCAGGACCAUCUGGUGCUAUUGGUCCAGUAGGACCAGCAGGAAAAGAUGGUGAAUCCGGAAGACCCGGAAGACCUGGAGAACGUGGCUUGCCUGGAGCUCCGGGUGUCAAAGGUCCUGCAGGCAUGCCUGGAUUCCCUGGUAUGAAAGGACAUCGAGGUUUUGAUGGACGGAAUGGAGAAAAAGGUGAACCUGGUUUACCUGGAUUAAAGGGUGAAAAUGGUCUUCCUGGAGAAAAUGGAUCCCCUGGCCCAAUGGGUCCAAGAGGUCUUCCUGGGGAAAGAGGACGAGCUGGACUUCCUGGAAGUGCAGGGUCUCGUGGCAAUGAUGGAUCUCCUGGAGCAUCUGGCCCACCAGGCCCUCCUGGUCCGCCUGGAACCGUAGGAUUUCCUGGUUCUCCUGGUGCUAAGGGAGAAGUUGGACCUGCAGGCUCCCCUGGUUCAAAUGGCUCCCCUGGACAAAGAGGAGAACCUGGGCCUCAAGGCCAUGCUGGUGCUCAAGGUCCUCCAGGUCCUCCUGGAAACAAUGGUAUAGCCCUGGUGGUUAAAGGUUGGCAUGCUGGACCUCCUGGCUUAAUUGGGACCCGAGGUCCUCCAGGAGCUGCAGGUACACCUGGUACUCCUGGACAGAGAGGUCCUGCAGGUGAACCUGGUAAAAAUGGUGGCAAGGGAGAGCCAGGUCCAAGAGGUGAACGUGGUGAAGCUGGCAUUCCAGGUCAACCAGGAGCUAAAGGUGAAGAUGGCAAAAAUGGUAACCCAGGAGAACCAGGUGCAAAUGGAAUCCCAGGAUCUCCAGGAGAGAGGGGAGCCCCUGGAUUCCGAGGUGCUACAGGAAGCCCUGGAACUCCAGGUGAAAAGGGCCCUGCUGGUGAACGAGGUGGUCCAGGUCCUGCAGGCCCCAGAGGAGCUGCUGGUGAACCUGGACGUGAUGGGACUCCCGGAAAUCCAGGACAAAGGGGUUUACCAGGAAGUCCAGGAGGCCCAGGCGCUGAUGGCAAACCAGGCCCACCAGGCAAUCAAGGAGAAUCUGGUCGAGCUGGUCCCCCAGGCCCAUCUGGUCCCCGAGGUCAACCUGGAGUCAUGGGUUUCCCUGGUCCUAAAGGCAAUGAUGGUCCACCUGGAAAGAACGGAGAACGUGGUAGCCCAGGAGGUCCUGGUCCUCAAGGUAUUGCUGGAAAGAAUGGUGAAGCUGGACCUCCAGGUCCUCCAGGAUCUGCUGGCCCACCUGGUGAAAGAGGAGAACCUGGCGCAGGUGGACCACAAGGCUUCCAAGGCUUGCCUGGGAAUAAUGGCCCUCCUGGAGAAAAUGGAAAGCCUGGUGACCCUGGUCCAAAAGGUGAAGCUGGUGCACCUGGAACCCCAGGAGGCAAGGGUGAUGCUGGUCCACCUGGUGAACGUGGUGCUCCAGGAACCCCAGGAACCCCAGGAGCAAGAGGUGGAGCUGGUCCCCCUGGUCCCGAAGGUGGAAAAGGUCCUGCUGGGCCACCUGGUCCUACCGGCAACUCAGGUCCACCUGGUCUACAGGGUAUGCCUGGAGAAAGAGGAGGUGCUGGACUUCCAGGUCCCAAGGGUGACAAGGGUGAACCAGGUGGCAAAGGCGGUGAUGGACCCCCUGGGAAAGAUGGCUCAAGAGGCCCAGCAGGUCCCAUUGGACCACCUGGUCCAGCUGGUCAGCCUGGAGAUAAGGGUGAAAGCGGUCCAGCUGGAGCUCCAGGUCUUGCUGGUCCUCGUGGUGGUCCCGGUGAAAGAGGUGAACAUGGACCCCCUGGGCCUGCUGGCUUCCCUGGUGCUCCUGGACAAAAUGGUGAGCCUGGUGCUAAAGGAGAGAGAGGUGCUCCAGGAGAAAAAGGUGAAGGAGGUCCUCCAGGUCUGGCAGGGCCCCAAGGAGGCCCUGGCCCAGCUGGUCCCCCAGGUCCCCAGGGAGUCAAAGGUGAUCGUGGCAAUCCCGGUGGUCCCGGUACUGCUGGUUUUCCUGGUGCUCGUGGUCUUCCUGGUCCUCCUGGAAAUAAUGGUAACCCAGGUCCUCCUGGCAACAAUGGUGCACCAGGCAAGGAUGGACCCCCUGGACCAGCUGGAAAUAGUGGUUCUCCUGGUAAUCCAGGAAGUCCUGGUCCAAAAGGUGAUGCUGGACCACCAGGUGAAAAGGGACCAUCUGGCCCACCAGGAACGCCGGGAAGUCCAGGUCCAUCAGGUAUUUCAGGUAUCACUGGCGCACGAGGUCUUGCAGGACCACCAGGCAUGCCAGGAGGUCGGGGAGGACCUGGCCCACAAGGACCCAAAGGUGAAGAUGGCAAACCAGGACCGAGUGGUCAAAAUGGAGAACGUGGUCCUCAGGGCCCACAAGGUCUGCCUGGUUUAAGUGGUUUGCCUGGGGAACCUGGCAGAGAUGGAAAUCCUGGAUCAGAUGGGCAGCCUGGCCGUGAUGGUGCUCCUGGUGGAAAGGGUGACCGUGGUGAAGGUGGUCCUCCUGGAUCUCCUGGCUCUCCUGGACAUCCUGGCCCUCCUGGUCCCACUGGUCCAUCUGGAAAAAAUGGAGAUAGAGGAGAAUCUGGUCCUGCUGGUCCUGGUGGUCCUCCGGGUCCUGCUGGUGCUCGUGGUGCUCCAGGUGCUCAAGGUCCACGUGGUGACAAAGGUGAACCUGGAGAAAGAGGCAAUAAUGGCAUCAAAGGACAUCGUGGUUUCCCAGGGACUCCUGGUCCACCAGGCUCCGCAGGUGCACCUGGUCACCAAGGUGCCGUUGGCAGUCCAGGACCUGCAGGCCCCCGAGGCCCUGUUGGACCCCAUGGACCCCCUGGCAAAGAUGGAGCAAGCGGGCAUGCAGGUCCCAUCGGUCCUCCAGGCCCCCGAGGGAACAGAGGAGAAAGAGGGUCAGAUGGUUCUCCUGGCCACCCUGGAAACCCAGGUCCUCCUGGCCCACCUGGUAACCCUGGUCCCUGCUGUGGUGGUGGUGGUGGUGCUGCUGCUUAUGGACUUUCACAAGAAAAAUCUGCCCCAUAUUAUGGAGAUGAGCCCUCAGAUUUCAAAGUCAACACUGAAGAGAUUUUGUCCUCACUCAAAUCAAUGAAUGGACAGAUAGAAAGCAUCAUUAGUCCUGAUGGAUCACGAAAAAAUCCUGCACGCAAUUGCCGUGACCUGAAAUUCUGCCAUCCUGAACUCAAGAGUGGACAGUACUGGGUUGAUCCUAACCAAGGUUGCAAGAUGGAUGCUAUCCAAGUGUACUGUAAUAUGGAAACUGGUGAAACGUGUAUAAAUGCCAGUCCCAUGAAUGUUCCACGGAAGAACUGGUGGACAGAUUCCAAAGGUGAAAAGAAACACAUUUGGUUUGGAGAGUCCAUGAAUGGUGGUUUCCAGUUUAGCUAUGGUAAUCCUGAGCUUCCUGAAGAUGUUCUAGAGGUUCAGUUGGCAUUCCUCAGACUUCUUUCCAGCCGUGCUUCACAGAACAUCACAUAUCAUUGCAAGAACAGCAUUGCUUAUAUGGAUCAAGCCAGUGGGAAUGUAAAGAAAGCUCUAAGGUUGAUGGGUUCCAAUGAAGGUGAAUUCAAGGCUGAAGGAAAUAGUAAAUUCACAUACACCGUUCUGGAAGAUGGUUGCAGUAAACACACCGGGGAAUGGGGUCAAACGGUCUUUGAAUACCGAACACGCAAGGCUGUGAGACUGCCCAUCAUUGAUAUUGCUCCCUUCGAUAUUGGUGGUCCUGAUCAAGAAUUUGGUGUGGACAUUGGCCCUGUUUGCUUUUUGUAAACUAAAGAAUUUGUUCUCUUUGAAAGCCCAGCAAACAAAUCCACACUCCAAUUGUGUUCCUCUUGUUUUAAUCUUGUCAACCAAUACAGGUGAACAACCGUAUUCCAGUUAUUUAUUUCCAAAAUUUCUGGAAAAAAAUGAUGAUUUGACAAAAAGGGAUCAUUUUUGUUUUGCUAGUACACCAAAUACAAAUCAAAUGCUUUUGGCUCUAUUUUUUUUUUUACCAAUUCCAUCUUCAAAAUGUCUCAGUGGUGCUAUAAUAAACUUCAACAGUCUUACAACAAUUCUGUGUUCCAGUCUUUGAAUGCUGCCCCAAUUGCAAGGCACUGAAUAUCCCAAGCAUGAACAACUUAUCUUCCUUUCUGAGAUGGUAAAAAGAAAAAGCUAGAAAGGACUUCCCUGUUUCAACUACCUCAUCUUGGACAGAAACUGGGAUAAAUUAGCUUUCAAUCAAAACCAAAAGCAAAUGAAUAAAAAAAAAAAAACUCUGUAUGCAUCUGAGAGUUUUAUAAAUUCAAAUUAUUCAUUUAAAAAAACUGGUAUAGUUCUGUGCCAAUGGGUAGUGGAUAAAGUACAGGCGAGUGCAAGGAUUGAGCAGCAGCCCCUUUCUUUAAGCUAUUCAUUUUAUUCAUGGAUUUAAAUUCAGUUUUUUUCAAAGGUGCUUCUACACUUUCUUGUCAUUGCUGGUCAAGACCACUAAAACUUAGGAAGGCAAAUAUGAUGGUGCUAAUCUAUUUUCGUUUUAAAAACUGCAGGUCAGGGUUAUUGUUGACUUGCACUAAAAAGCCUAGAUUUACAAGAUUUGUCAGUGUUUCCUGUUGAAGAUUGUUCUUGAAGACUUUCUCCCUUCAUUGUGUAUAUUUCAAGAAAUAGCCUAGAUGGUGAGGCUACUUUGGUCCCAUUCAUACAGUAAGCAUGUUGAAGGAUAACCAUCUUUGUAAACUUGUAUGUGGUUGUUGGUCUUUUCCUCACAAAGACACAUAAUAAAAUCUCCUAAUAAAAUUUCUCAUGGUCAAA